AUGAGCUUGAAAGAAGUAUUCGAACAACAUCCAUGGAGGUCAUUUAAGAAGUUCAAUGAAGCUGCAAAGAGUUCGGGAUUUACUAACAGAGCUGAAGUUAAAAAGUUCUUUGACAAAAAUGUUGUACAUCAAACAAAAAUAAACCCUUACGACUACUUUUUACCAAUUUACUCCAACACUCCUGACGCAUACCAAUUUGACACUCUCAUUCAAAGCAGAAAAGGAGGACAUAAACCAUUCCUCAUCUUCAUAAAUGUUAACACUCGUGAAGUGUUAAGAGUUUUACAAAAGUUUGUAGCAGAACAUAACCCAAGUACUUUAACAUCAGACCAAGACAGUGCAUACCUCAGCAACGAAAUCACAGAAUUUCUCAUUAAGCAUAACAUAACUCACUACACUACUGAAGACCAUAACCAUAACAUACUCGGCAUCAUAAACCGCUUCAUAAGAACGCUCAGAGAUUUAAAUCAAGAGCGAGACUUUACCGAAGAAACAAUGAAACAUUUUCUCGAAGUAUAUAAUUCCUCAACACAUUCUACAACAGGACAUACACCAAAUUCAAUGACACAACAACAAGAAGAAAAGUAUGUACAAAAGAAACGAAGCCAAACACAAAAUAUCAGAAAUUCAACACAAUUUACCCUCAUUCCUGGUACAAAAGUUCGUGUAGUUCUUGACGACAAACCGUUGACAAAGAAACGUUUAAGGUUAAGUCGAAAUUAUUAUAUCGUAGACUCUACGCAAGGUAAUGGAUAUCUUAUAAAAGCUGCUGACGACUCCAUAGCAUUUUACCCUCGUCAUAAAUUAGUCGAAAGUAGUAAUGGCAAACUUGCUGAAACCAUUGACGAAGCAAAGCGAGGAGUGGUUAUUGAAAUACUUGGCUAUAACACAAACGAUGACACUUAUAAAGUAAGAUAUGAAGGAGGCGUUGAAGAUGUUAUACCAUCUAAGAACUUGAGAGAAUCUAAACCAACACAUCUGGGACCAUUAGAGCGGGAGUACUGGAAAGACAAAAAUAUGCCAGAAAGAAUAAGAAAAUUCUUCUAA